CGUUAGCCCGUUAACUCAAAAUACAAACGGGUCAAAACUAAGCUCUCUACCACUCGCAUUAGAAAGUGCAGCCCCGGCAUAUCCUCACGAUUCGUGGAUCGGUUACAAACCUGUUUAAUUACGAAGAAUUUAUUAAGAUCUUCAACAACUGUAUCCAAAUAAUAACACGCUCCCAGCCUUGCCCUUGAGCCUAUGCUGUUGCCUCCCGCACUCCAAUUUCUUCCGCGAAAAAUCAAAUAAUCUGAAAUCCAUCCAAAUAACUUUGUUCACGCGGUUUUGUUUAGGUUCAGUUUGGUCAUUUCAUUUUCUCCCCCACUUUCUUUUCCAGUCAGCUUUCAUUAUAUUCUAUCAAUCCAUUUGUGGUUCGAGUGUAUAGAGACAAAUUCUUAUUAAUGAUGCAGAUCUAUGAGAGCUUGAAGGCAUGGUUGUUCAAAAAGAAAGAUGAAAAAGCCAUUAAAGAGGAACUAGUAGAAAGUCUGAAGGUUUUGGAAGGGGAGCUUGGAGAUGGCCCUUAUUUUGGAGGGAGGGAGAGCAUUGGGUUCUUGGAUUUAGUUUUGGUGUCAUACUAUACAUGGCUUCUGGCUUUUGAGAAGGAUUUAAAGCUCAACAUGGAGAGCCAGUGUCCAAAGAUGUUAGAAUGGGGCAAAAGGUGCCUACAAAAUAAGGUCAUCUCCAACAACCUUGCAGACCCUUUGGAGAUUUAUGAGUUUGUUUUGAAGAUGAGGAAUAUGAGCAGCCUUGCUUGAUUUGAGACAAAAUCACAUAUGCCUGCAAUCAAAUAAUAUUGACUAAUAACCCUUUACUUGAAUAAGGAUGAAACGGUCAAUCUACAAUUUAAAUACUGGCAUUACGCCAUUACUGUGGCAUUAGAUGAAGAGAGAAUGGUCUAAUGUGAUAUUCAUAGUGAACACUAAACUAGCCAAUGGAGCAAGGGGUCUUGUAUUACAGAGUAUUAUAUUCAUAAUAAUAAUUAUUAUAUAAUAAUAAUAAUCAACCCGGAAGUGCUU